UGCACAUCUGAGCUCCUGCUAGGGGCAUGACAGAUAGGUCAGGGGUUCUGACAAAACACAGAGAAGUUCGAUGUUGUAUAACCGAGUGGUUCUGAACAAACAAUGAAGGAUUGCAGCUGGUUUGGCACCUUGGUCUGAGACCAAAGUGAUGUUCUUCUACUCACUCAACUACAACUUGGGCUCUUUGGGCAGAUGACAUUCAGACUCAUAAAUUCCUACGUUAAAAUGUGUGACGAGUUCUACAUUGCCAUUGGAGUUCUGUCCUUCUUCCUGCUGGUGUUCAUUGUGCUGGGCACCGUGUUUCUGAGAAAGUACCGCUCCUUGGUCCGGACUGUCCAAAGGCUGCCAAAGAGCAAGUUUGUUCUGGAUCAUCUGCCUCAGUUAGAAACCCCAGUUGUGACACCACCAGUGGAGGAUGAAGAGCAAUGUCCUCCACAAACUCCUCUGAAGACAACCAGCACAGUCAGAUUAUCUUCCAAGAGGCUGUGGAAAGGCCUGCAGCAGGAACCUCGUUUCACCAAGUCAGACCUAAAUCUGCUGCAGCUGAUCAAAGCAGGGAAGGAAGGAGUCUUCUACCAGGCCAGAAUGAGCAGAGGGACAUGUAAAGGCCACAGCAUCUUCACCUGCAAGAUCAGCAAGGAAGGUGUGCGUCCCAAACAUGUGGGCAUGGAGAUUUGCAUCAUGAGAAAACUGGUUCACCACAAAAACAUCCUCCAGUUGUUGGAUUGGAACACGAGUGAACAGCCUAAUAUUCUGAUCAUGGAGUAUGUGAGUUAUGGCACACUGAGGACCUUUCUCCAGACCAACAGAGUCAACCUCAGUGGAAACCCAGAGCUACAGAGCCUCCUCACCAUUGCUUCCUACCACAUCGCUCUGGCAAUGCAGCACCUGCGCUCCAAAAUGAUUGUUCACUGUGACUUAGCUCUGAGGAAUAUUAUGGUCAAUAAGUUUCCUUGGGAAGUGAAAUUAGCAGAGUUUGGUCUGGCCCAAGACCUGACCCGCAUGGCGAGCCGCCGCAGCAGCCGUUGGAAAACCCCACGACAACGCGUCCCACUGCGCUGGUACCCUCCUGAAUACUUCAAGAACAACUACUACAGCUUCAAAGGAGAUGUAUGGGCGUUUGGCAUUGUGCUGUGGGAGAUGCAGACAUUUGGUACAUUACCAUACCCAAACUUGGAGACAUCAGAGGAAGUGGUGUUCCACAUCUACAUGGGUCAUAAAAACACAAACCCUGAAGGAUGCAGACCAGAAAUGCUUCACAUCAUGCGCGACUGCUGGCAGGAGCCUUAUACCCUGAGACCCUCCUUCAAGGACAUCGUAUGCAUGCUGGAAAACAUCAUGGAGGAUGAUGCAGACUACGUAGAUGUGGAGAGUCCACAGAGUUUGGUGAAAGAUCAGGCAGAAUAUCAGGAAGCUAAAGGUCUGCGAGUGAGUGUCUUCGAGGAAGAACCUGAUUUUUAAAUGACUGGAUGUUUAUCAAAGCUGUAUUAUAGAUCAUUUAAAUCAAAAACUAUUAGCUUAUGUUUUAUGUUUGUUACUUUGUGCAUCGGACCUUUAAAGUACUCUCUCUGACAGGGGAGAGGGAAAAAUGGAUGGAGGAUGCAGUCACAUUUUAGACUGGCCACUCUAAUUGGCUAUAUACGUUUCUAUUUUCUUUAUUUUUAAAAACUUGUAUUAUAUUUAUCAUCAUUUUAAUUAAACAUUUUAAAGUA